AUGUCUGGAAGUGGCAGGUCACUCCGACUUACCUUCAAAGGAGACAAGCCGAAGCGCAAGCGAAGCAAGAUCCAAAGCAGUACAUCUGCGCGCAAGCGUGCAUCUACAAGUGUGGACGAUGAUGAGUCUGAUGUGGACAUGUAUGGUGGAGAUGAUCAAGCAUGGGUUAGUCCAGGUGUAUGCGGCGAAAUAACUGGUCCAUGCUUCGUGCACCAGCGACAAGAAAAUGGGUCUGCUAUUGUGCUGAGCUUUAAUGCACCACUCACUCAAGUUGAGACAUCGACCGUUGAGCCACCUGCAUUGCCAGCAAUCAGUGGAAAUGGAGAAGAAGACAAUGCCUUUGCUGAUGGCGCGACAAUCGUUGCCUCAGAAGUAACACCGCUGACUGUCCACCAGGUCUGGGUUGCGACCAACUUGCCUGAGUCACAGACGUGGACCUUCAAGAGUGCCCAGGGAACAUUUCUGGGCUCUUCUUCUUACGGUGCUGUGAUUGCGUCUAACGAGGCUCGUGGGCCCCAAGAGGAAUGGGUUCUCCGGCGUGUGGAUCCAAUGGCAUCCUCAUCCACAGCCUCACCCGGCGAUGGUAACGACACUGUGAUUCCAGGUCCUCGGGCUGGAUUUGCACUCCAAUCCAAAUACGGUGGCUGGCUUGCUACGGAGGAUGCUAGUUCAUCUGCAGAUUCACGCCAACGGCGCCGCCUGGUGCGAGCAGAUGCCAAAGAACUCACGCCCGCUUGUGUUUGGGACGUAAGUGUGCAGUGGCGCUUCCGGCAUGCUUAUCGAAAAACGCAACGAGCCACGAAAGUGGGCACAUCUAGUGCAGCGAGUUUGGUGGAUGAAGUGCAACUCGCACGCUCACGACAAGGAUGGAAUGCCGGCUCCUGGCAUCAAUAUGCCCCUGAGUCGCGGCGUGAAUUGUUACGGGCACAAAGGGAAGGACGUCUGGCCGAGGCCAUGCUCGAUCGGCGCUCCAAGCUCAAGAGCGACAAGUACACGAAAGUAUGUUCCCCCAUGAUACUUGUUGAAGUAUCGCUUACCGUUAUGCAGUAA